ACUGAAGGCACGACAUUCAAAUUCGCUCGCAGGUGCUGCGCAGCACGCUCCUGAAUCUGAAGCUGAUAUGGACCCUUCACUUAUAAAUGAGUUAACUAACUGUCUACAACACACACUUUCACCAGACAGAGAGAGCAGAAGAUCGGCAGAGGCAUAUCUCAAGGCUGUGGAACUACGUCCUUCCUACUGCAUAUGCUUGCUUGGUAUUCUUCAGGAUUCCAACACCCCUCUCCCAACACGGAUGGCUGCAGCCAUCACUCUUAAAAACUUUAUCAAAAGUCACUGGCAUGUUGACUCUGAGGAAACAGAUCAUAUACAGGCCUCUGACCGUGAAAGUUUACGCAAUCAGCUUAUCGGGGCUAUGCUUUCUGUAUCAGGGAAUAUACAACCACAACUUUCAGAAGCCAUAAGUACAAUUUGGCGCGAGGAUUUCCCCGAUAGAUGGCCUAAUUUGAUUCCUGAAUUGGUCCAACGAAUGGCUCAACUUGGUGCAGAUUUAAGUAUGGUCCAUGGAGUCCUUUAUACAGCUCAUACAUUGUUUAAGAGAUAUCGUCAUGAAUGUGCAGGUUCAGAGCUCUUCAGAGAAAUGAAACUGGUAAUCGGUCAGUUUGGCGCACCACUUACAGAGCUUGCAAAGAAUCUUCUUGCAUUGGUUGUUGGCGAAAAUCGAAUUAUGGAUGGAUCACGUUUAGUUACAAUUCUUCAAUGUCUACUACUUGUCUGUAAAAUAUUUCUCAGUCUUAAUUGUCAAGAUUUGCCAGAGUUCUUUGAGGAUAAUAUGCAAGAAUGGAUGACGUUUUUCCGCAGUCUCUUACAAAUAGACUCUUCAACUCUAAAUUUGACUGGUGGAGAUGGAGAGAACAGUGGAAUAGUCUUAGUUGAACAAAUCAAAUCACAAGUUUGUGAUAAUACUAGUUUGUAUGCAUCUAAAUAUGAACCAGAAUUUGCUCCAUAUCUCCCUGGAUUUGUUACUGACGUUUGGGAAAUGCUAUUAGGUACCAGUGCUCAAACAAAAUAUGAUUUGCUUAUUGGAAAUGCAAUCAGUUUCUUAAGCUGUGUAAUAUCUCGCCCACAACAUAGAUAUCUGUUUGAAAAUCCUGAAACUUUACAAAAACUUUGUGAAAAAGUCAUUCUUCCUAAUAUGCAUUUUAGAGCAUUAGACGAAGAAUUGUUUACCGAAAGUCCCGAUGAGUACAUACGCUUAGAUUUGGAAGGUUCAAAUGCACAAACACGACGAAGAGCAGCAUGUAACCUUGUGCAUGUUUUGUGUGAAGCUUUUGAAGGUCCUGUGGUGACGAAUUUCGCGACUUAUAUUGAUCAUUUGUUGAACGAGUAUGCCAGUACACCGAAUGGAGGAGCAUGGACGUCGAAAGAUGCUGCCUUAUUGUUAGUUACCUCUGUAGCAAGUCGUGGUAAAACAGAAAAGCAUGGUGUAACAGUCUCUACGGAAUUGGUUAAUCUAACGACAUUUUUUGAAAAUCAUGUUUUACCUGAACUACAAAAUCCUGAUGUUAACUAUUUGCCUGUAAUAAAAGCUGAUUGUCUACGGUAUGUAAUCGCAUUUCGAUCAUUACUUCCACCAAUGGCUUUGGCCAACUUGUUGAAUAUGACUCCUGCAUUACUCAUGGCUUCAGCUCCUGUUGUACAAAGUUAUGUAGCUGCAUUAAUCGAUAAACUGCUUGCUAUGCGACGACCUGAUUCACAAUCGGAUCCUUUAAUACCAAAAGAACAAGUAACUGAUCCUCAACUACUGAUCGACAGGUUAUUAGCUAUUCUGAAUAAUCCAGAAUAUUGUGAAAGCGUUUAUGUGAUGCGAGCUCUAAUGCGUGUGUGUUGCUGUUUACAAGAACGUUGUCUCCCAUCGAUGAAUUCUCUUGUAUCUACUCUACUGGCUCGACUUACACAAGUCACAAAGAAUCCUUCUAAACCAGAUUUCAAUCAUUUCCUAUUCGAAACAAUAUGUUUAUGUAUUCGUUUGACCUGUGCAAUCGAUCCUAAUUCAGUUCUACACUUUGAAGCAGCAUUCCUACCGAUCUUUCAAGAUAUUCUACAACAAGAUGUUGUUGAAUUUGUACCAUACGUUUUUCAAUUGAUAAGUGUUAUGCUAGAACAGUAUCCAUCUUCUCAAACAGUUCUAACCAACUGUAAAUCACAGUCUGUAGUGAAUGGUACUACAGGGAAUUCAAACAAUCUUCGACCUUCACAGGCUUAUUCUGCGCUACUCCAAAGAAUUCUUGUCCCAUUUCUAUGGGAACCGAGUAGAAAUGUUCCUUCACUUGUCCGUCUGUUGCAAGCCUAUCUUCUACAUGAUAUAGAUGAUGUAUUAGCAGAGAAUAAACUGUCACCUAUACUUGGAGUAUUUCAAAAAUUAGUUGGCUCUUCAACAAAUGAUAUUCAUGCAUUCGCCUUACUCAAUGCUAUUCUUUUGGCUGGUCCAAAAGAUAUCAUGAUGCCGAAUUAUUUCCGUCAGGUAUUUAUGGUCAUCUUUCGCCGAUUACAAACUUGUAAGAAGGAAAGGUUUAUGAAAGCUUUUGCUUCAUUCAUUGCUCAUUUUGUACUGAUACACUCACCAAAUGAAUUGAUUACACUUGUGGAUGGUAUUCAAUCGAAUUUAUUUGCUCGUGUAUUGGAAAAAGUUCUCAUUCCUUACGCUGAAUCUAUUAUCACUUCACCUUUAAUUCCAUCUACUGGCUUUGGAAAAAAUAUUGAUAUAUCUGGUUUACCUUCUACUACUAUUUGUACACAAUGGCGUGAAAAUAGCAUAGGAUUAAUUCGAUUUAUUGGUGAAGCACAAGCUUUACUUAAUGAUGGAGCAACUUAUCAAGAUUCUUGGAUUCCAUUAUUGACAAAAAUUAUUACUGGUUUAGCUAUUGGUCCAAAUAAAGGUGGUGAUAUUGCUAGUGAUAUAGCUGUUUCAACUGUUAUAAAUUCUAUGGUGAAUGGUUUCAAUAAAGAUGAACGUUUUAUUGAAAUGGACUCAGAUCCUUCUGGUCAGUCAGCUUAUUCUCAGUUGACUUUUGCAGUUCAACAUCUUCCUAAUCUCUGUGCAUCUAUUACAGAUCCACGUGUUUAUCUAGCGAAAACAUUGCAUGAAUUAUCUAAUCUAUCUCCUGGAAAGAUGCCUGCAAUGCUCAGCUCAAUCUCUGAACAGCAAAUCACUAUGUAUUUACAAUCACUAAUGGGACGUGUUCAACUUGGCAUUAAUUAGUUAUCUAUGUAGCAAGGAUAGCAAAACAGUCGUAUAACUAUUUGUUUGUGUGUUUGUUUUUGUGAAUGGUUAGUCUUCUUUUCAGUUAUAUAAAGAAGUAUUUCCAGUGAGAUUGUAUUCUUUCAACUCUAUUCCUCUUUCCAAAGAAUUUUAUAUCAACCCAUUAGAUUUAUCACUUCAGAUUUUCUAUUAGGUGAGUUAUUGACUUUAUAGAAAAGGUUGUUUUAUUUUUUUCUAAUUUUCCUGUUGGUUCUAUUUUUGUUGCUAUGUCAACGUCCUACCGUAGCAUUUUUCUUUCUCUGUUGGCUUUCCUCUUUGUUCUUUCCUUUAAGAAAUAGUGUUCAGUUUUAUUGUAAAUGGUGUUGUUGUUCUUUCUCCUUCUCUUUUUUUUUUAACUAUCUUCAUUAUGUUGAAAAAGUGAAGUGUUUCAAUUUAUCUCUAUGAAACUCAUCUAAUCUAUACUUUCUUGUGUAUAUUGUGGAUGUAUAAUGUUGUUGAUGUAUUGCAAACAGACGACGAUUUUUUCAUUCAUAGAAAAAUUGCCUUAUUAAAAUGCAUUUUCUCGAAAAACUAAGUAACUGAGUUGUGUAAUGUUUUAAAAUUCCUAUGGAGAACUAUAUUUGUUGUCUGUUUGUUAUAAUCUGUGUUAUAUAUAUAUACAUAAGAAAAAUAUCAUAAGAUGCGUUUGUUUUUACCCUUAUUGUUUCAGGCACCAAGAGGAAGUAAUGUUGAUACUUCAACACGUAAGGGUGUUAACUUAACCCAGU